AUGCCUGGCAGCGAUCAUUUGCACUUUGCCCUUCCGAUGGUUCUGAGAGUCAUGAUGCACAUGUUUGCAUGCAAUCAAUCCGUCCAAGCGCUCGAGUGUAUCUUCGUAAGUCAGCGAACACUAGUGAAGAAAUUUUCUGAUGUAAUUUUUGAACAGGAAGCCGAGCAAUGUGGAGAGCUUUGUUUGCAACUGUUGCGGCAUUGUGCGUCAAGGCUACCGGCUGUGCGAUCACAGGCAGCGGCUAGCUUGUACCUCUUGAUGAGAGAAAGCUUCGAAAACGGAAGUAGCUUAGCCAGAGUAAAGAUGCAGAUCACCAUGUCGCUGUCAACAUUGGUCUCGAAUGCGACAAGGGAAGGUGUUUGGCUGAAUGAAGACUGCCUGAGAAGAAGUCUCAAGGUGAGGAACUUGCUUUGACA